AUGUUCACGCAGCUCGUAGUAAUCCUGCUCCCAUUGGCCGUCCUUUUCCACAUAACAAGCCAAUUUAAGGUCCCGAACUCGGACAACUACUCGUCCGUGUACCCAUUCCUGGCGAAAUGUGCGAACGCGAGCAAAACCGGCUUGCUGACCGUCGUGUUCGACGAUUUCGACGAUAGCAGCGUCUUCGACGUGCCCCCCGAGCUUCUGCGCCGUCUCAACGUCACCGCCCGCCUGCUGACCAUCAGACACAUCAUUUCCGUGAAGCAAGAGCACGGUAAACGCGAGAAUCGCUCCCUCGAGGCCGAGGGCUGCGUGUUGGUCUUAUUUUCGAACACGGACCACCUCAGGGACAUCCUGAGUUCGCCUCACCUGGUCGCGUUCUGGCACCCAGAGAACGUGUACAUCCUCCAGGAGACGGUCCAGGAGUCGUCGGACAUGUUCGAACGCGAACGCUUCUGCAGAUGGGCGUUCGAGAGGCUCUGGAAGUUCCGAAGAGUCUACAGGGUAAUAUUUUUCUCCGACGACAAGGUUAUCCGGUACGAUCCCUUCGAGUACGCCGGAAGUCACGUCAGGAACGUCCAGAACACCAGCUGCGAUUGGUUCUGCGUAACAGCUAACAAGGAAGACUUCCUGAUGAUCGAUUUUCCAAAUAACACAGACAUCUCGGAUUUCUUCGACGAGGACAGGCGCAGCUUCGGGCUCUACCCCCUGAAGAUCUCUAUCUUCGAGUCAGCGUCGAUGUUGAAGAAGGGAGAUUCCUACGAAGGAAUAGAUUACUUGUACCUCGAGGAGGUCACCAGGAACAUGAACGUCACGCCUGUACUCGUGCCGACCAAGGACUUGUACGGCUGGGAGGACAACGGCGUGUUCUUUGGUACAAUAGGACAUUUGGUUCACGGGUACGCGGACGUUUCGUUUAAUCAAUUCUUUAUCAAGGAUUACUCGACCAGGCUCGUGGAAUCCACCACUGCCAUCACCAGCGACAAGCUUUGCGUUUUGGUGCCAAAGGCUCCUCCCGUACCAGAUUAUUUGGUUAUCGUUAAGACGUUCAGUGGCGGUACUUGGUUACUGGUGUUCGCUGGCCAUUUUACCAUCACUACGAUCUACACGUGCCUGAUGAACAAGAAGAGGAGUGUCAGAGAGUCUGAGAACGAUCCUUGGACUAUGAAGAUGGAACGAGAUGCAUCUGGGGUUCGUCCAGUCGAGCCGAAACGAAACUUUGGAACCCGGGAUGAACACUCGAAGCAAUUGAAGCAAGCCUCUUUGAUCUGCCUCGCCUCGCUGAGCAAGUAUCUGACCAAGGUGGUUCUGCAAUUGGUGCAGCCCUUUUCGCACAGCCAACCUUGGUUUCCGGAGAGGUUGCUGCUGAUAUGCAGUUUGUGGCUGAGUCUUAUUUUGAAUGGGGUGUUCACGUCUCAGCUGGCGUCCACAUUCAGCAAACGGUUGUAUUACGACGACAUCGAUACUUUGGAGGAACUCGAGGAAACCGGCAUGCCAAUUUUCACUAAUGCUAGAGAUGUAAUAGAAGAUGCCCUGUCGGACUCCACGUCGCCGCUGAUACAACGUCUUCAGAAGAGACUGAAAUUGGCAAACUUGACGGAAAUCCACAGAAGGCUGUUCGAAACUAAGGACGCUGGGUACCUUCAUCCACCGAGAACGCUACCCUUUCAGUUCGACGAGCAUCAAAGAAAGAAGCUACAUCUCGUUAAAGAGUGCCCCAAGGAGUAUAUCCUUGCCCUCAUUAUGACAAAAGGAUCUCCGUUUCGCAAGCGCAUAAACGGCAUCCUGGGGAGGUUAAACAACGGAGGGUUCUACGACAAGUGGUACAGCGGGAUGGUGCAGCCAAAGAAGUGGAGUCACGUAACGGACGAGUCAAACGGUCACAGGAAGAUCGCGAUGAGACAUUUAUUUAUCCCAUUUGCGAUCCUCUAUGUUGGCUUGGCGGCCAGCGCGUUUGUGUUUGUUUGCGAGCGUAGAAAAAGCAAUCUCCGAUAACCAG